AUGGCUUCCACUUCGGACACAACUUCAUCAGCUCCGUGCACUGAUCAACUCAAGGAUAAGCAAGCAUGGAGACGCAACGUGUGGAAACAGGACACAGUCGCUCACCUUUUAAACAAGGACAACACAAUCGUUGAACUCAAAUCCAAAGAAAAGAAGACCCCAGAAAUUCGCCGCGUUCACAAAGCAUUGCUUUGCUUCUACUCGCCAUACCAUGACAGACUUCUAAACGGAGAGUUUGCUGAGGGCCUUGCGGCCCCCACUAAGCCUUUGGUCAUCAACGCUGGUGCAAGUGUUCUGAAGCUUCUUCUUACAUGGCUUUACACAGGACAAGUCAACAUGGGCCUUCCAAUAGAGGGAAACAAUGACGGUGUUGAACAGUGGCAUAUUGGCACAGCUAAACUUUACAUCUUUGCUGACGAACUCAACUGUGUCGCACUGCAACGUUCGAUCAUGUCAAAACUGGUAGAGAGCUGCAAGACCACACCGAGCUUAGUGGGGUUUGACACCAUCGGACUCCUACGACGAGAAGAGGACGACGGUCGGAUGAGAGACGAGAAACACAAAAUAGAUGUUCUCCAAGCACAAGUUCCUUGUUGA